AUGAAUGAUAUCUUCAACUCGUUUCAUUUGAGUCCAAAAGAUGACUCGUGCAGUCCUGCAUCCAUGAUGCAACAACAACAACAGUUACAGGGAUCCCCAUCAAGAACAUCACUGCUUCAUACAAGUAAUAUGAACGGAAGCAACAACAGCGGAAGCAAGGGAUCCCAAUUGGAGAGUUAUUUUCGAAGUAAUAAUGGCGGUGCUGCCUCUACCGACAUUAGUCCAUAUUCUUCAAAUGAUGGGACAGAGGAUGUUCAUCCUCUUCAAAACACGGAUCAGUUGGCAUCAUUUCUGGAAGAUGAUAGCAAUUUGGAUCCAACUGUACAAAAAACAAAGGCCGAUAUUUCCACGUUGGAUGAGUCUCUCUUUUCAUUUGUAAGCAACCCAGACAACUUUUCGGAACCCAAGCCUCAAGAACACUCUUUAAUGUAUACAUUGGAACCUUCGCCAAUCAUGCAGCCUCCAUCACGACUUUCUUCUCAUAAAGACUCGAUACAAAACAACACGGAAAUGAUACAGAGCUUUAUCACUACAUGCGAAAGUUUGACUCAGUAUUUAGACGGAGAUUCACUAGGAAGCAUUGAGGACUUUUUUGUUGGAUCAUGCUAUGACAUUUCAAAGCUGGACGUAGACGAAAUGGUCAAGAUAUUUCAAGAUACAUAUGGAACAAACAGUCUUGAGUCGAAAAGAAGAUUUUCGAACAUGGUUUGCACAAAAAUAAUGCCACUCGUAGAUGAGGUCGUUCAAAGCAACGAGCAGUUCAUAGAAGAGACCAUUAAGAAAGAGGUUUGUUUCAACAUAUUUUUCUUUCUAACACGUUUUCAGAUCCAGAAAGAUGCCAGUGGAACCAACCAAAAAUUACUGUAUUUGUUAAUGAUAUUUGCUGCACUUCAAAGUAAAUCUAUAAAGGCACACAAGAAGCAAAUUGAGACGAUUAAGAAUGAAGAGGUUGCAACAACAGCAAGGGAGCUCGCAGACCAUGCUAAGAAGAUCAAAGAGUUUGUUUGUACAAUCCAAACAAAGGAUCAAAUAAUUGAAAAAGUUACGAAAGACAAUGAAAAUCUAUUGACCGAAUUAAAUGCAGGUUGCCAAGAAAUCGAAACGCUGGGACGAAAAGUGAAAAAUCUUAAAAACUGCAACAAGGAAGUUCAGCAAAAACUUGAGCAGAAGCAGCAAGAAAUUGAGAAUACACGAAGAGAUAUGUUUGCCUUAAAAUCAGAGCUGCUAGAAAGCGUUGAAAAGUUGAGACUGCAAUAUCAAAGUGAAAUUAAACAGAUGAGCAUGAUGAUAUCAUUAGAAGGCAAAACCAUGGAAAAUAAUGUGGUUGAGGAAUAUAAAAAUGAAGUUAAGCGACUGGAGCUCAUGCUAUUGAAGAAGGAAAAACAGAUUGAAAGUCAAAUCGAACGAGAAAUCGACCUAAAGAACACAAUGCGAGAAAUGCAUGAACGUUACACAGAGGCAGUGUCAAAGGUAAAUGAAAUAUCAAAACCAAGAGACGUUCUUCCUCAAGAUCAACACAUACCCUCCCUUAAUUUAACCUCUGAACUAUCAGAAGCGCUGCGAGAGAUGCGAGGUAUCAAAGAUCAUUUUUCUUCGCUUUUUGAGAAGGCAGUUGCUGUGCAACAAAACACUGUUGACGCACAGUCAAUCAUUACAAAGAAAGAGCUUGAUGAACUACGAAGAAAGCUAGAAAUGUAUCAAAUAGAACUUUCAUUAGAUCCUGAUGGUAGCAAAGAGGAAAUGAAAGACCUAAAAUCAAAGUUGGAAAGAAUACAAGCUCAAAAGGAAAUGCUUUGUGAGGAAAUCAAGAACUUAAAUCAAGAAUUAGCAACUCUCAGAGUUAUCUCACAAGAGAGAUCAUUUGAAAAGCAAAGAUACGAAACAAAAAUUAGUGAGCUAGUAGAAAACCAGAAGGGUAAAAUCUUUAGAGCAGCAAACCUUUUAACCGAGAACAAGAGAAUUCGAUUAUCUGUAGACUUGGCUGGUGCUGCUGGUGAACACGAGCUGUUACUGCAACAAAAUAAUAAGACUAUUUCCAAAGUGUCACAAAAAGAUGCAAAAUUGGACUCACCAGUUACUGAUUCUCAGAGAGUUAGAGAGCUAGAACAGCUGGUCCAAAAACUUCAAGAGGAAAAUGAUUUGCUGCGUAAGCCGGUUGUGAAACCAUCUUCUCAAUCUCCAAAAAGAACAAGUUUGGAUGACGCAAAUGAACAAAAAAGAUCAGACGUUCCAACCAUAUCUGUGGAAAAGGAAGAAGAAAGAAAGGAUGAGGUUUCCUACAGAGUGAUUCCUAUUGUCAAAAGAAAGCCUCUCCAACCCAGCCAAAUGAACAAUGUUGUUCCUCAGCCUACUGGUGUCAAGAUUACGAAAAAAGUACCCCCGGUUGUGGAAGGAAAGGAAAAUAAUGUUGUCUCUUCGUUGAGAUAG